AUGGCCGGUGCCAGUGAUAAAGCCCGGUUCUAUCUAGAGCAGGCCGUUCCCCAAUUACAGGAAUUCAAGGAGAAGAAAAUAUUCACAGAAGAUGAGAUACGGACACUGGUCAAGAAACGAUCCGACUUCGAGCAUAGAGUCCUAGAAAGAGGCUCACAGGCCGUGGACUACGCCCGGUAUGCCGCGUGGGAGAUCAGCCUGGAACAUCUCCGUCAGAAGCGAUGCAAACGGUUACGAAUUAAGGGGAAUCUGACGCACUCGGGCCAAGCGCGCAUAUUCAAUAUAUUUGAUCGAGCGACGAAGAAACACCCGGGAGACACUGCAUUGUGGAUGUCAUAUCUCGAAUACACCCGCCAAGCAAAGGCACGGAAGAAGUUCAAGAUGGUCUUGACUGCCGCGAUCAGGCUGCACCCUACCAAGCCCGAGUUGUGGCUCUAUGCUGCACGCUGGGCAUUGGAGUCGGAGGCGGAUAUGAACGAGGCCAGGAGCUACAUGCAGAGAGGGACACGGUUUUGCACGAGGAGUAAGGAUUUGUGGAUUGAAUACGCCAAAUUGGAGAUGAUAUAUCUCGCAAAAAUUGCCAUACGGAGGAAGAUAUUAGGGCUCGAUAUUGAAGAGUCGACAACUGACGAGGGGCCUGGUUUCGAUACCUCAGCCGACAUGAUUGCAAUCCCCGAAUUCAAGCCCAACACGCUUCAGCCUAGCAUGAUUGAAGGCGUGAAGGUAGAUUCAGAGGCUGUGAAAGAUCCCAUGACGACCCCCGCUCUCAAUGGCGCCAUCCCUCUAGCCAUUUUCGAUGCGGCGCGCAAGCAACAAUUCUUCUGUCCAUCUGCGGCCGAGGACUUCUUCGAUAUGUUUGCCGCUUUUACGCAGGUGAAAUGCCUAUCGAAGAUACUCCAACACGUUCUCGAUGCUAUAUCAGAAUCAGACCCCACGGAUGCAUCCACUUGCAAUUGCUAUGUGAGGCAACCGGUCGUCGGCAUCGACCCCUUAUCUCCAGAAUUUCCUGCCGCCCUUGGAACUGCGUUGGACAGACUUAAUGAAUCGAUUCACAAAACAAAGGACAAGGCUGAAUUCACCAAGAAAACGAAGGCCUGGAUUGAAGCGAUACUCCAGUUGGACGAAUUAGACCCCGACAUCCAGACAGUGUUAAGACAUACCAUACGGAAGCUGGAUAGUUGA